AUGGGUUGUCGCGAGGACAGUAUCCUUGUGAGCUACGAGGUCCAGAACGACGAAAAGGAUCGCGAGGUGGCCCUGUAUGCGAUGCCGCUGGGUGGUGCAGUCAGCGUCACAGCAUCCAUGGUGAGGGCCUCUUUCCCUUUGCCUGGCAACUACCAUCUCAGGUUCAAGGCCCCAACAUCUGACGGAUCCUUCGGCGGAUGGGUCUGGAUAGAUCUGGCCUCCGACCAAGACCUUGUACCGGUAUUCAACGGUGGGAUUGCGAUGAAGGCUUUGCGAUUGCCGACAGACAGCAGCCCAAGUCGAGCAGCGGCUCCUUCUCAAGCAUCGAGAAGUCGGCCAGCGACUUCGGCUCAGGGUGCCUCCCCACACGGCGUUUCGGGCAUUGCGGGAGAUCUGAUGGAGCUCGAUCUCUCGAAAGCACCGCGAUCAGCGGAAGCACAAGCACCACGACCACCGGCUGGGCUCCAAGCCAUUUGUAUCAUAAAACAGGUCGCGGAACGACAAGCGAGGGAAAAGCGCGAGUACGAGGAGAAAAUCAAGAGGCAUGAAGAGCAGAAGAAGAGCUUCCCAACGGCAGAAGUGCUGCUCCACCUUGAUGCUGCUCUGGGAAGCUCGCUCCUGCCUCAUUCUGCAAGCCGAGGGGAUGCCCAAUCCAAGAAGGAGAAGCUGGAGCUGAAUGAUGUCCUCUCCAAGGAGCUGAACGAUUGGGCAAAGACGCCCGACGGUCAGUCCUACAAGGAGAUCAGGACUCUGCUCAGCACGAUGCACACUGUGACGUGGGAGGGUGCAAGUUGGCAGCCUUUGAAUUUGUCCGAGUUGGUGGCAGACAGCAGCAUCAAAAAGAACUACCGCAAAGCCAUUCUUAUGGUCUCAGAGCUCAGUCUGUUGUUUUGUUUCUGUUGGUUCAGCGCGCAUCUCUUUGGAGCACAUAGCCCGCAGCAUGCAGCUAUGGCAAAGGCCCAUCCGGCCAGCUCCGAGCAGCAAGUGCGGGCGGAUCGCAUCUUCAAUGCCGGAGAUAGAAGCAGGCCAACCAUGGACAUUGACCUCCUCAAUCCCGACAUCAAGGAGGAGCGGUCCAAGCACAAGCUGAAGCGUAUGAUCCAGUCUCCGAACAGCUUCUUCAUGGACGUCAAGUGCCCUGGCUGCUUGCAGAUCACGACUGUCUUCAGCCAUGCUCAGACUGUGGUGCUUUGCGGCAACUGCAACGUGAUGCUUUGCCAGCCGACGGGCGGUCUGGCCCGACUCACAGAGGGCUGCUCUUUUCGAAAGAAGGCGGACUGA